UUAUCUGGAGACAACAGACUCGUGAUCAGUAUAAAACUGUGAUUUGUUUAAUUUGGAACCUGAUGGGGUUGAGUUGAAUUUCUGGACCUGGAUUAGCUUCCGAAGGAGGAGGGGGAAACUCCGAGUCCCUCCCCGAGCAGAGCGCCCUUUCCCCGGGCUGGCCGCCGAGUCCGGCCCGCUGGGAUGAGCUUACUGUGGGGCUGAACAUCCAUUAGAACAACGACGUUUCUACCUCAGAAGUCGGUUUGCUGUACACCGUGUGGUGUCCGUGUUAUAAAACGGUGUUUACGGACAUGGCCGAGUCGACCCGGUCCGGUCCGGCGGACCCUGACGCCGCCAACUGCCGGGCUGCGAGUCCGGCUGCCGAGAAGAGGCGGGCGCAGCAGUCCACGAUGGGCCACUGCUUCAAGAAAGUCACCCUCACCAAGCCGACCUUCUGCCACAGCUGCAGCGACUUCGUCUGGGGUCUCAUCGGCUUCCUGUGCGAAGUGUGUAACUUCAUGUGUCAUGAGAAAUGUCUGAAGACGCUGCGGGCCGUGUGCAGCUGCAUGGCUCCGACUCAGGUUCAGGUGCCGGUGGCUCACUGCUUCGGCCCGGCCGGUCAGAAGAAGCGUUUCUGCUGCGUGUGCAGGAAGCAGACGGAGGGAAGCACGGCGCUGCGCUGUGAAGUGUGCGAGCUGCACGUCCACGCCGACUGCGCCGCCUUCAGCUGCGCAGACUGUCGCUGCUGCCACCUGGACCAGAACCUGCAGCAGGAGUCUCUGCAGCAUCAGUGGAGGGAGGGCGACCCGGCGUCGGCGCGCUGCGAGUUCUGUCGCCGCUCCUGCGGUUCCUCUGAGGUUCUGUCCGGGUUGAGGUGCGAGUGGUGCAGCGUCACGAGCCACGCGUCCUGCUGCCACCACCUCCCGGCAGAGUGCGCCCUGGGGCAACUCCGCAGCAUGAUGCUGCCACCGCCGUGCGUCCGACUCCAGUCCAGGAACUUCAGCAAGAUGCAGUGCUACCGGAUCUCUGAGAGCGGCAGCCAGGACCGCGAUAACUGGGAUGAAGCCGAACCAGCAGCUGCGGCACCCAGAGAGCUCCAGUCUGCAGCUCCAGAGACCAGUAAGCUGGUCAUCAAGGUGUUUGACGGCGAUGAUGCGUUGAGACGCGGCUUCUUCCGAUUGGUUCCCAGCUGCCGAGGCGUGAAGAACGAGGAAGUGGAGGCGGCACUGAGGGCCUUCUACCUGCCCGGCGAGUCUCAUUACUUUGACCUGGAGAAUGUCGGCGCCGUGCAGCGUCACCAUAGCGACAACUUCCAGAACCAGAACGCUGGCGACGCCCGGGUAUUGAGGGCCAAGCUACGGCGUGAUGAUGUCAUCAAGGUGCACGCUGCAUGGAGCAGGUCGAGUGCAGCGUCAGUGGAAGUGUCAGAGACGAGCACAGCGGCGUCCGUUCUGAGCGACGUUCUGCUGCAGCUGGACAGACAGGGCGAAGACGUGUCCAGCUUCAGUCUGCAGGAAGUCUGCAUGAGCAGCAAGCAAGUGCAGAGACAAACCCUGAGUCCUCAGGAGAAGAUGUUGGACAAACUGCAGGAGAUCAGGAAGCUCUCCCUGCGACAGAUGAACCAGACCCGUUUCUACGUAGUCCAGAACCAGAACCCGGUCGUGCAGGUCGGCCUGCUGAUCUCAGGACUGCCCCCCCUGCUGACCAAAGAGGAGUACUGCGGCCUGCUGGAGGAACACCUGGACUUCAAGGGUCACCUGGUCACGCUAACUCACUUCUAUGAAGCUCAAGGUGCUGUGGCGCUGCAGAUUAGCUGCUUCACUGAAGCAGAGAGGAUCUACAUGUUGGCUAAAGACACGACCAUCAGCAACAAGACGCUGACAUCACUAGUCAUACCUGAGAUCCAGUGCCAGAAGCUGGGGGACGCAGUCUGCCCCCUGCUGGUGUUUGUGAACCCGAAGAGCGGCGGGCUGAAGGGCAGAGAGCUGCUGCACAGCUUCAGGAAGCUGCUGAACCCCCACCAGGUGUUUGACAUCACCAACGGAGGCCCGCUGGCAGGCCUCCACGCCUUCAGGGAGGUUCCCAGGUUCCGGGUUCUGGUCUGCGGCGGCGACGGCACGGUGGGAUGGGUUCUGGGGGUUCUGGAGACCGUGAGGCACAAGCUGGUCUGCCGCGAGCCGCCCAUCGGCAUCGUCCCUCUGGGAACAGGGAACGACCUGGCCCGGAUCCUGCGCUGGGGGCCGGGUUAUGGCGGCGACGACCCCCAUCACAUCCUGGCGUCUGUGGACGAGGCGGACGAAGUCCAGAUGGACCGCUGGACUAUCCUGCUGGACGCGCAGGACGUCUCAGAGGACGGGACGGACGGCGGCGUCCUGGAGCCGCCCAAGAUCGUCCAGAUGAACAACUACUUCGGCCUUGGCAUCGACGCCGAGCUCAGCCUGGACUUCCACCUGGCCCGGGAAGGAGAACCCGACAAAUUCACCAGCAGGUUCCACAACAAAGGCGUUUACGUGAAGGUGGGUCUGCAGAAGAUCAGCCGCAGCCGCAGCCUCCACAAGGAGCUGCAGCUGCAGGUGGACAAGCAGCCCGUCCCGCUGCCCAACAUCGAGGGGCUCAUCUUCAUCAACAUCCCCAGCUGGGGUUCCGGAGCCGACCUGUGGGGAUCGGAGGCCGACGGCCGGUUCUCCAGGCCCAGGAUUGACGACGGCCUGCUGGAGGUGGUCGGGGUCACCGGGGUCGUCCACAUGGGCCAGGUCCAGAGCGGGCUGCGCUGCGGGAUCCGGAUCGCCCAGGGAUCCUACAUCCGCCUCAUCGUCAGCAAAGAGCUUCCUGUCCAGGUGGACGGCGAGCCCUGGCUGCAGGCGCCGGGACACAUCAUCAUCUCUGCUGCCGGACCCAAGGUACCGAGGAUUGGCCCUGCUGGUCCGGAUGCUCAGGAAGUCCAAACAGAAGCAGAGGAAGUCUCCGUCCAGCAGAGGCGGACGCUCAGACAGUCCGUCCUCCAGAGACGGGGGACACUGACCGGACCGGACCACCGGUUCUGCCUCUGCAGCUGCUUCCUGCCGGAGGCCGGUCCGGUCCGGUCCAGUUCCGGUGACUGAGAUUCCACUCAUGUAGCUUUGUAGCCACAGACCCACAGGAAGACAGACGCAGGGUCAAGGUUCCACUUCCUGCUGAGGAAGAGGAGGAGGUCAAAGUUCAUCCUGCUCCUAAAACAAAAAUAAUCAUUCAGGACGAGUGAGGAGAAGAACCGGGUUUAUCGGGUCCGAGCGGAACCAGAACCGCUGCUGAGCUGUAGCUGUGGAUUUAUAUCAUCUAAACGUAGAAAUAUCGCAGGAGGAAGAGGAGGAUGAAGAGCGGCAUCCAGACGGGCCGUUUGCUCUGCAGACAUCUGGACCAGAACCAGAACCGGGUCAGGUUCUGGAGAACAUCCAGAACAUGGACAGUAAGCUCCUGGUUCAUUGCCACAUUAAAUGUUUUGACUGGUUGCCAUGGUGAUUCCCGCCUUUUCUGGGGCUCAUUGAGGAGGCGGAGCUCCAGAAUCUUCUGGUUCCUGCAGAACAUUAGAACCUCCUGGUCCAGUUUCUCCAGAACCAAUGAGGGAGUGGACACGUCUCUCUGCUCUCUGAUUGGCUAGAAACCAGGAAGUCCUCCAGGAGUGGGAGACUGAAAGUCCUACGAUUGGACGGAGGAACAGGUUGAAUUCAGAAGGUUCUGGAUGUGUAACUGUGUCAGAACCAACAUCACUCAGAGCUGGACAAACUGGAGAGCAACUGGCAAAAUCCUCAAAGUUAAACUGGGAGAACUGGGAAAGGAAUCAGAAUUUUAACUGGGUAGGGGAAAGUCCAGCUUCCUGUGACCCAGUUAGAGUCUGGAUGAUGGUCCUGAUGGGUCUGCUGGGUCUGAUGGUUCUGCUGUUCCUGAUGGUUCUGAUGGUUGUGCUGGUUCUGAUGGACCCUCCAUGUUGACAGGGUUUAGAUUUACUGUAGCUCUGAUGUUUACUUUUAACUGCCGUAUUUUUCUUAUUUAUGGUGCUAGAAAAUAAAACCUGGUGACUUUCUGUGUUGGCCGUUCUGGAGGUUCUGGAGGUUCUGGGUCUGUUUUACUUUAGAAACGUGAAACUGCAGGGUUCUGUUUGACCCGUCUGGUAAAUUUUCAGAACUUCUGACUGAAGCGUCUCAUCCAGCUUUGAGCUUCCUGAGGGUUCAGGCUGCAGUUCUGCUGACUGGCCAGCAGGAGGCGCUGCAGGGGGAACUCAGAUGCGUUAACUGUGGAGCGGAUCUGUUUUAUGAAGUUCUGUUAAUCAUUGAAACAGAACCGAGCGGUUCUGGUUUUGGACUUUAAGCUUCCUGCUGGUCUGAAUGGAAACGUGAGACUCGGCCGGGCCGGGCGGCACCAGAACCACAGAGGUUCUGACUGAAAGAAAAUAAAGUAAAGCAUCUUUUAUCCCCACGGAUCGAUACGUUGGGAUUAACAGGCUGAUCAGGGUUUUAAUCCAGGAAGAUAAAAUGUUUUUGGAUUUUAAAAACUGAAUUUAUAAUAAAACAUCAUCUGGGUCCAAAAUGUUCAGAUUAAUCUCACCUAGUUACAUGAAAAACAUGAUUAUUUUCCAAUCACUCUUACAUUUAUAUCCAAAUUUUCCAUCAUCUUUAUAGUUUAAAGUCAUUAUUUUACUAAAAGGAAAUAUGUCCACUAAAUUUGGUUUUAAACCGUAAAGAAUAUCCAGAUGUCAUUUUAUAAAUUUAUAAUCUCUGAAAAUAUUUGACUUUUUUCCUCAAGCACUUAAUUUAAUCUCAUUAUCAUCUAGUUUUAGACUUAAAUAAUAAAAUACGAGAGAAUCCCCAGAUUUUCUUCAAUUUACAGUAAAAAUAAUCUGACAUUUUCUUUAAGUUUUAUGGAGAGCAAAGAGUGCCAAAUUGCAAUAAUUUAAUAACUAAUGGAAUCAUUACUUAAGUGUUACUAAUUUAUUAAAA